UGGCUGCGCCUUGCUCUUGUUUUACUAGCCGUUUCGCUUGCACUUGUCACUGUAAAUUCCGAAGAAUCCGAAGAAAUGAACCCGAAGGUUCUGAAGACAAUAAAGAUGCUGGAUGAACGCAAAAGAAUCUGCCUGAAAGGCCCAUCAUAUGGCUAUUGUAAAGGAAAACGCAACAUGUGGAACUUCAGUUACCGCAACAAGGACUGCUUGCCGUUUACCUUUUCGAACUGUGGCGGAAACCAAAAUCGUUUCUACAGUUAUGAGGCAUGCAUGGAGUUUUGCAGCGAAAAACACUGGAAAAGCCCAGAUAUAUACGACAUCUUAGAAGAUGGUUACUGAUUUGGCGCUAAUUAUUUUUCUUUAAUUUCAAAGUCUCACCUAAUGCUAAAAAAGAUGGAAACAAAAAGCUGAAAUUCUGCCGUUUAUUUUUU